GAAACUUCACUGGAGAAGUCAACAUGACCGGUGCAUGGCGAAAUAAAAUGACAGCUGACUGUUGUUCAACAAAUGUGAGCAAAAGAGAAGUUGCAACACAGCUGUUAAUUUUUUGUUUACGAAUUUUGGUGCCAUAGAGAAACAUACUUUAUUUACAUUUUACACUCAUGUUGACAAACUGUAGAUGGCGCGUCUGUUACAUUUUGACAUUCAGACAAUUACUCAUUCAUUUCGUUACUUUCGCCGAAAUUGCGUGGACACGUUUUCGAUUCAGCACGAGUGUUUCUGAUAGCCAAUCUAGUAAAAAUGGUGCAAUUAACGGCAGCAGAAAAGAAAGAAUUUAUCACACGUAAUUUACAAGAAGUGCUGGGUGAGGAGAAGCUAAAUACUAUACUCAAGGAGCGGGACUUGAAAAUAUACUGGGGCACUGCUACGACAGGAAAACCCCAUGUAGCUUACUUUGUGCCGAUGUGCAAAGUCGCUGACUUUCUAAAAGCUGGAUGCGAGGUCACAAUUCUUUUUGCUGACUUACAUGCUUAUUUGGAUAACCAGAAAGCACCAUGGUCUCUACUUGAAUUACGUUCCAAAUAUUAUGAGGCAGUAAUUAAGGCAAUGUUGUCUUCUAUUAAUGUGCCAUUGGAAAAGUUGAAAUUUGUUAAAGGCACAGAUUAUCAGUUAUCCAAAGAAUAUACACUGGAUGUCUACAGGCUGAGCUCAGUAGUAACUCAACACGACGCAAAAAAAGCCGGAGCUGAAGUAGUUAAACAAGUUGAUAAUCCUUUACUAGCAGGUUUGUUAUAUCCUGGCUUGCAAGCGCUUGAUGAAGAAUAUCUAAAGGUUGAUGCUCAAUUCGGCGGUGUAGAUCAACGAAAAAUCUUCGCACUUGCUGAGAAGUACUUACCACAAUUGGGAUACGAAAAGCGCAUUCAUCUUAUGAAUCCUAUGGUGCCUGGUUUGGCUGGUGGAAAAAUGUCUUCUUCUGAAGUGGAUUCUAAAAUUGAUCUACUAGACUCUCCAGCAAACAUUAAAAAGAAGUUGAAAAGAGCAUUUUGUGAACCCGGUAAUAUUACUGACAAUGGUUUGCUCUCUUUUGUUAAAUAUGUAUUGUUUUCGCUGUUUAAAGAAGGCGAAGGUUUCGAAAUCAAUCGUACAGAAGAAAAUGGUGGCGAUAUCACUUUCCACAAUUACAAAGAAUUAGAAAUAUACUUUGCGGAAAGUAAAUUACAUCCCGGUGAUCUGAAAGCAACAGUUGAAAAGUAUAUAAAUCGUAUUUUAGAUCCCAUCAGAAAAGCAUUCGAAACUCCAGAACUUCAGAAAUUAAGCGAAGCGGCUUAUCCACCACCAGCGAAAACCAAAAUUGCCAAUUCAAGUCCGUCAACACAAGAAGAAGAUAGUCCACAUCGUUUAGAUAUACGUGUUGGAAAAGUGGUUGAAGUAGCGCAGCAUCCCGACGCUGAUACUUUGUAUGUCCUCAAAAUUGAUUUGGGUGAAAAGGAACCACGUACGAUUAUCAGUGGUCUGGUAAAAUUUGUUACAGUUGAAGAAUUAAAUCAACGACUAGUGGCUGUUUUAUGCAAUCUCAAGCCAUCUAAAAUGCGUGGUAUACUCUCUGAGGGUAUGGUAUUAUGUACAUCAAACGCUGAUCACACCGUUGUUGAGCCAAUUAUUGUGCCAACAGCUGCUACUCCAGGCAAUCGUUUGGAAUUUGAAGGCUACAAUGGAACACCUGAUGAACAAUUAAAUCCCAAAAAGAAAAUUUGGGAAAAGCUCUCUGCCGAUUUUAAAACUAAUGCUGACGGUGUUGCAGUUUGGAAAGACAAUUUUCUUUUGACGCCGGAAGGUGAAAAAUUAUGCAGCAAACUUUCGAAUUGCUGUAUUAAAUAAAAAUUGCUGCCUUAAACAAUUAUUGUUACAUUAAAUCAUUAAAUAAUAUCAAAAGCGCAUCUAUGAAGUUAUCGAAUGUUUUAAGUAAGAUCACCAGCGAUAUUACUUUACAGACUUGGUGUUUAAUUUAUAUAUAUAUGUAAAAUAUGUUAUUAAAAAUUAUUUUUUUUUAAUGAAAUAAAUUGCUUCACU